UGUCAUAUGCAGAAGUACAUGUAUGUAUAGAUACAAUGAAAAACUUAGCUACAGCAGCAUCACAGGCAUAGCAUCAGAUAAACAGCAUUCACAAGAAAACACUAAUCACAAUUCCUACAAGAAAGAACAAAAUUAGAACAAAACAAAAUGCAUUGCAGUGCUAAGUGGUAAUAAGUGUUGCUAACACUGAGGUGGUGAUUUGGGUUGUGCUGUUUGGUUCAAGAACCAAAUGGUUGAAGGGAAGUAGCUGUUCUUGAACCUGAUGUGGGACUUAAACCUGGUGGUGUGGCCUUCUGCGCCUCCUGCUCAGUGGUAGCUGCGAGAAGAUGACAUGGCCCAGGUUGGAGGGCAUCUUCGAUGGAUGUCGCCUUCUUGAGGCAGCACCUCCUGUAGAUACCACCUGUAGAUGGUGGGGAGGGACGUGCCCGUGGUGGACUGGGCGGAGCCCACCGCUCGCUGCAGCUUCCUACCAUCCUGCGCAUUCGAGUUCUUCUCCCCUUCAUGUGCUGACCGACUGACAGCCUGAUUGACAGGACCACGCGCGCGCCCAGCAACACACGCGCGCCCCCGCCCCCACGCGCGCGCGCCCACACGCACGUACACGCGCGCGCGCGCUGCCCCUUUAAGGAGCCCGGCGGCGCGCGCCGUGCGACGUCACUGAAUCAUGUCGUCGGGCGGUGUCCGCCAUCUUGGCAGGUCGCUGUCGGUCCGCCGGCGCUGAUCGAUGUUUCCCUCCUCGCCAUCGUCUUCCGAACCAAGCCGCCGGGAAGCACCCACCCGCCCAGCCGGCGGGAGCAACUGAAGGCCAUGGCAGGGGUCGGAGUUGGCGGCAACAACGACCUGCAGUGGUGCUUCUCCCAGGUGAAAGGCGCCGUCGACGAGGACGUGGCGGAAGCGGAUAUUAUUUCUACUGUUGAAUUCAACUACUCUGGAGACCUACUAGCAACUGGGGAUAAAGGCGGCAGAGUUGUUAUUUUUCAACGAGAGCAAGAGAGUAAAAGCAGACCUCACCAUAGAGGAGAAUACAAUGUUUACAGUACAUUUCAGAGUCAUGAACCGGAGUUUGAUUAUUUGAAAAGUCUAGAAAUUGAGGAAAAAAUUAAUAAAAUCAGGUGGUUACCCCAACAGAAUGCAGCUCAUUUCUUACUGUCUACAAAUGAUAAAACUAUAAAAUUGUGGAAGAUAAGUGAAAGAGACAAACGAGCAGAAGGUUACAAUUUGAAGGAAGAAGAUGGAAGAUUUAGGGAUCCUAUCAGAAUAACCACUUUACGGGUGCCUGUACUGAAACCUAUGGACUUGAUGGUAGAAGCAAGUCCCCGAAGAAUAUUUGCAAAUGCACACACAUAUCACAUUAACUCAAUUUCAGUAAAUAGUGACUAUGAAACCUACCUUUCCUCAGAUGACCUUAGAAUCAACCUCUGGCAUUUAGAAAUUACAGAUAGAAGUUUUAACAUUGUAGAUAUUAAACCUGCUAACAUGGAAGAGCUGACAGAAGUUAUUACAGCAGCAGAAUGUCAUCCUCAUCAGUGCAAUGUGUUUGCCUAUAGUAGUAGUAAAGGGACUAUAAGACUCUGCGAUAUGCGUGCUGGUGCCCUGUGUGACAAGCACUCAAAAUUCUUUGAAGAACCAGAAGAUCCAAGUAGUAGAUCAUUUUUCUCUGAAAUCAUCUCCUCAAUUUCUGAUGUAAAGUUUAGCCAUAAUGGUCGGUACAUGAUGACAAGAGACUAUUUAUCUGUUAAGGUAUGGGAUGUUAAUAUGGAAACCAGACCAGUGGAAACGUACCAGGUACACGAAUACCUGCGGAGUAAAUUAUGUUCUUUGUAUGAGAAUGACUGCAUCUUUGACAAAUUUGAGUGUUGCUGGAAUGGCUCAGACAGUGCUAUCAUGACUGGCUCAUACAACAACUUCUUCCGAAUGUUUGAUAGAAAUACCAAACGUGACAUCACACUUGAAGCAUCUCGAGAAAGCAGUAAACCACGUGCCAUCUUGAAACCACGUAAGGUUUGCACAGGUGGAAAAAGGAAGAAAGAUGAAAUUAGUGUUGAUAGUCUGGACUUCAACAAGAAGAUUCUGCAUACAGCUUGGCAUCCUAAAGAGAACAUCAUAGCUGUUGCUGCAACUAAUAAUUUGUAUAUAUUCCAGGACAAAGUAAAUUAAAAUUGGCUUGUUUUAGUCCAAGACAUUCUCGCUUGGUUCAGUCUUGCCAUUCUUUUUAACUUUGCAGAACCAGAUCUUUUUCCUUAAUCUAUUUGAUCCAUUAACCUUCUGGUACAACUGCGGAAGUAACAUUUACCUAUUUGUUCAUUCAGUUUUGUGAUGCAUUUCCACCUUCAGUCAGGAUGUUACUAUCAUCACCUAUAUCUCUAGAUGUGAGAAGCCAACCAGAAGCAAACUGGAAAGACGGUGCUGGAUAUGAGGCCAUCUCUCCGAUCAUGAUAUAAUCAAGUCUGAACUUUCCUUUAUAAUAGAAGACCAACAGAGAAUCACAAGGCAUAGUUUAAUGUCUGUGUAAUCUAUUCUUCCUGUAUAUUUUAGGCCUUUUGAACAAGACUUGUGCUUGAUUAAGCCUAUAAAACAUUCCUCCUCUGGCCUCAUGCCUUUUGGUUUAAGUGUCCUGAGCAUGAAUGCUUUAAUGGGCUUUGAGCAGGUUCAGCAGAUGUUUUAUCCCUGAUAACAUUUGCUCAUCAACUACCUAUAACCACACCAACUUGUGUAAAAAGCACUUAAUAAAUUAACAUAAACCAGAAAGAAUGUGUUUUUAAAUCUGAAAUUAUGGAUGUAGAUUUGUGAUUUUUUUUGCAAUGUGUCCUGGAAAAGAUGGUUUGAAGUAACUGCAUUUAACAUUGGUUACAUUACACUUUCUCAGCACAGCAGAAUAAGUGGCAUUAUAGUACGACACUAGAAAUUUGAUUUGUACCAUGUUUCACAGAACCAAUAGCUGAAAAAUCUAACUAAAUGUUGUGGUGAAAAAAAGUUAUAUUUUUAUAGUCUUCAGAAAAUCAUUCAAAUGUUUUUUGUUUCUUUUAUCUGGAUAACCAACUCAACCAGAACUGGAAAAAUUAAGCAAGUUCUCUUACAUUUCCUACAAAAGAAAAUAUAUGAAAGUGCUUCCCUGAGUUUUGAUAUUGCUGGAAAUUGGCAGUAAUUCUAUACCUCAUCAUGUAUCUAAAUUACAGAUUAUUUGUUGCAUUGUGCUAAUAACAGUAUUAUUUAAACCGAAAAGGGAUAAAUAUACAUGUUAAGUAUUCUUUUUCAUCCACAAUGUUAGAGAAGCUAUUAUGUUCACACUAUUACCAUAUUUAUUCUGUAUGCCAUGCUUGCUGCUUCUAUUUUCUGUGUGUAUCUUUAUUUCUCUCGAGGGCAUGCAGACAAAUGCACACAAACACAAAUUUUAAAGCAUAUUUUGGUAAGGAAAAUUAUUAAAUGUUUGCUUACAGUUCUCCCUCCACAGCUAACCCAUCUCUGUUAAUAAAGUUUGCAUUGGUGUAAACUUGUGUUUUCAUACAAUCUCCUGUAUAUAAGGUUGCAUUUAUGCAGUCAGUACACUUAAAAUUUCUUUCAAAAACCAUUACCACUUUUUUCCCCCAUAAGUACUAGCUGUAACUCAGUGGAUACCACUCUGGGCACUGAAUCAUAGGUGUUUGGUUUAAGUUUCACUUUAGAAACUCCUGCCUAAAUAGUUAGAUGAGCAUUCCAUUGUAGUACUCAGUGCUGCACUGUGCUGAGUUGCAAAAAAGCCCAUGGCACAAUUUCAAAGACCUGAUGAGUUUCCUUUGAUGUUCUGGAUUUUAAUAUCAAUAAAACAAUAUCUGGUCAUGUCAAUUUGCCACUUGCAAGAGCUUCCUUUGAGCAAACUGUUUGCCACAUUUCCUAAAAAGUGGUUAUACUUCAAAAUGAAGGUGUAAAUUAUUGUAAAAUGCUUUGGGUUAUCCUGAGAUCAUGAAAGGUACCAUAUGAAUGUAAGCCUUCAUCAUUUGACUUUUCUGCUCCUCCCAAGACCCCAAGUCUAUCUGUGCAGAGGCUGCUCGCACAGUGAUAGCUUUACUAAUAAGUGCUUAGGAUAUAUGAUUUAAUUUCAACUUUGAUCAAGUAUUUUAAAGCUUUUUUUGAAAAACAUUUCAAUGUAUGGAACAUUUCGGUGUCCAAAAUAAUUAGCUUGUAAAGCCUUUUGGCAUUGGUAAUAAUGCAUGAAAAUGGAAGGGUGGUUAUGAUAAAUUACAAUAUUAUUGAAAGCAAUAAUAAUUUCAAAGGUUCCUAUCAUAUUUUGUAUGAAGUGCACAAAAAGCUGUAUAAAUCAAUGUUGUAAUGAUCUUACUGUCUAUAGAUUGAACUUUAUAAUAUGUACUUGCAGCUUCCAAUGUGUUCUAACAAUGUGAAAAUGCUUUGAAAAUACAAGUAGGAACAUUGUAUUGCAGGUGUAAAUGAGCUGUAAUGGUAUACUCAAUUUAAAUUGUGCUUUAGUUUAGCACAUUUAAGCAUUAGGUUUGACCUGGUGCCAAAACAAUUUCAAGUGUGCUUUUUAAAAAAAAGUAUAUUGCAUGUGCCUUUUUAUUUCUCUUUUUAAUAUAUACAUAUAAUUAUUUAAUACACUUUGUGUAAAAUCUGUUUUAGAUUUUAAGUUGUAUAUGGUAAAUGAUAAAGUUCUAAGUAAAUGGUUCCUUUAUAAAACUGUACACAAGAUUUGUGAGAGUAAUUAGUUUGUAGAAUCAAAGUGGAAUUAAAAAUUGGGAAACUUAGGAUGCAAAAUCACUUCUGUUCCUGAAUACUAUAUGGAUUAUGGCUUUCUUUUCAGUACAUAAGAUUAAAUCUCUCAUGAUAAUUACCACCAAUACACAUGAUUUAAUUUAGACUUCAUCACUUGCUAAAUAAAGCCAUUUAUCUGCUUCAUUUGUUUAGAUGUAGUAUAUCAGUUUCAGGAUGUGGAGGCCAGGAAAAAUUGAUUUAGAGCUGUAAUUAGCUCGUGUACCUAAUAUUUCAUAGUUUAUUAGGGAAAAAGUAAGUAUCUAAAAGUAUUCAGCUUUGUUAUUUCUAUCUUCUCUAUUCUAGUUCAUUUAUGUUCAGUCUUUUAAAUCUAUUUUCUACAUAUUCUCUGGUUAGUAUGUUAUUAAAUGACAGCCACAUUGUCUUGAUCAUACUUUAAAACUUCUGAAUUCUCAUACAAAUAAAUAUUGCUGUUUCAGGCACUAAAACGCCUUCAGUCAUUAUACUAUUGCCUCAAAAAAACUCCCAUCAGCUGAAUGCAUGAAUUGUAGUAAUAUGUUCAAUUUCAAUAAAAGUUAAUUAGGGGAAAGUCUAGUUAUUUAGGAACUACAGCAGAUAAAUUUUCAGGAGCACUAAUUCUUUAUGUAUGUAGUUCCUACUAUUUACCUGUUCUACUUAGGGGAAUAUCUUUUGCAAAAUUCUGCUUUUUGAGACACAGUUAGCCCAGAAUUUCCUGUCAGCAUUAAACCAGCUGCACUCUUGCUGCUGACUUGCAUGGAAAGUACAACCUUACCUUUUGUGGAUCUCUCAUUGCCAACUUGCACCCUCAAACAUGCCCAGUUCUCAAUGGAGUUACCCUGUGUAGUGAUAGUGCCUGUGCACAUUUCAAAAGCAAUGGGGGAAAAAAAUUAAGCCUCAAAAAUGCAAUACUUCUAAGUUGUUAAUUUUAGUUGAAUUCAAUUAAUUCAAAACAAACUAAAUUGUUCACUACUACUUCCCCACAUAACCAUUUCUCUCCAUUCAUGAUUGGGGAAUUCACUUGCAGAACAAGAGUCUCCAAUGUAAAUGCAGAGCACUUGGUGCAACUUUUCAUUCUACUUCUAGAUUUCAUGAAGAGUCCAACAUCAGAGCAUGGUGUGGAAAAAGCUAGUGUUCACCUGGGAAUCCCAAGCUUGCCUACUGCCUUAUGUGGGGAAAUCCUGGUUUAUUGUUUUACAACUGAUGUUAAUACAGAGCAAUUUAAUAAUACAGCACAGAUUGUGACCAUUUGGCCAUUAAGCCAGCACUGGCUCCUUCCAUUUAGUCUCUCUCCAUGUUUUCUCUUCAUCCCUGUAAUUUUUCUCAAAGUAUUUUUGCUAAUGGCUCUUAAAAGCUAAAAUUGAACUUGCAUUCAUAACUGGGUCAGGAAAAAUCCAGUCAGGUUCCUAUUGUAUCAGUUAAAUAGAUAGAUCCUGUUGCAAUGUAAAAAAUUAAUAACCAGCAGAUGCUGGAAAUCUGAAAUAGAAACAGUAAGGGCUAGAAACAUUCUGCAGGUCAGGUAGUGUCUAUCAUCCUACAUGAAAUAUUGAUUCUGUUUUUCUUUGCACAGAUGCUGCCUGACCUGUUUCUCUUGCAUUUUCUGUUUUUAUUCUUGUUGGAAUAUGAUUUUUCAAAGAUGUUGCCAAUGAGUUAACUUUUAUUUUUAUAUCAUUUGUAUAGUGACACUUUGUGUUGUUGUUGUUGUUGUUGUUGUCAUGAUGAUGAUGUACUCCUGAGGUAUAAUGGGACUAUAUGAUGAUUCACUGCUUGACAGUAGCAGUAUGUUCAUGAAUGUCAGGAAUUCCUCUUUCAUUGCCAAAUAUCAGUGGUAUUUCUACUUGAGUGAUGUAAGUGCUGCUAGCGGAAAUCACUUCAUUCAGUCACUAAUUCAGGGUUCUGUACACGUUUUCUUUUGUAAAGUGAAUGAUUGAAAGUAAGUUAAAGCAGCAACGCUUGUCCUUUCGGGGAUAAAAAAACAUGUAUCCAAAUUUUGCCUUCGUUGUUCAUUUCUCUUGUAUCUAAUUGCCAUCCUUGCAUGUUUGACCUAAAGUAUUUGAAAUCACAAAAUCUUCAUUGAUAUAUUGUAUUGAUAUAUUGAUGUAUUGAGUUUUUUCCAGCAUUUUUUUUCUUGAUUUCUAGCAUCUGCAGAUUUUCUUAUUUGCAUUUAUAAAAUUUCAAUUUUCAGGGGAAAGUGGGCUAGAAUGAUAGAAAAAUGGAAGGCUAUGUGGGAGGGAAGGGUUAGAUAGAUCUUAGAGCAGGAUAAAACGUAGGCACAACAUUGUGGGCCGAAGGGCCUGUACUGUGCUGUAAUGUUCUAAAAAAAUAUAUAUUACAGGCUUCCAAAUCAUUUAUUUACCUUUCUACUGUCUAUGAUAUUGCUUUAGAUAAAAUUAAAACGUUUUAAAUUUGUUC